AUGAAGCAUAUACGUGGUUUCAUCUCUACGACACAAGCCUUGCGUCGUAUCUUUCUUGCACCUAUAGAAACUCCUAGACCCCAGUUUCUCCGUCCCGCUUUUCUUCCGACCUUCGCGCACUCGCGCCUUCUUUCCAUCCGCCGCCAGCCUCAACAGCAAGAUGCUCUGCUCCAGGCAAGGGCAAGACAGGUGAAAGAUGAAGAAAUCCGGUCAGAAUAUAUCCAACUCGUGAACGAGGAUGGUAAACUGGAUCCACCAGUAAGGCUUCAUGAUGCCUUGCUGACAAUAGAGCGCCCGGACAACUUCAUAUUACAGGUCUCCCCUGGCUUCCGCGGCCGGGCACCUGUAUGCAAGGUCGUAAAUCGACUUGAGAUGCGGGAACAAGAACGUGCGAAAGCAAAAGCUGCUCACGUCAACAAGAAUUCGCUUAAGCAGAUCGAGCUGAACUGGGCUAUCGACGCCCAUGAUCUCGCCCACCGCCUGAAGCAAUUGACAAGCUUCCUGGACAAGGGCCGGAAAGUAGAGGUUAUAUUGACCAAGAAGAGAGGCAAGAGGUCACCCACUGUGGAGGAAGUCAAACAUGUGAUGGAUAGUGUGUUGCAGGCUACUAAGGAUGCCAAUGCUAUGCAAGUGAAACCGAUGGAGGGAGAACCCGGCAAACAUGUGGUACUUGUUGUGAAGAGAAAGGAUUCGGGCCAAUGA